AUUUAUCGGUUCUAAUCUCCAUCCUGAGGCGAAUUCCUUCUUUGCAGGCAGAGAGAGAAAGGGAGCUUGCGAUAUUGGUUGAGCGGAGAAGAGAAGGUAUGGCUUCGCCGGCUUCCACUGUGAAAUCCGAAGAAGAAUGGAGAGCGAUUCUGUCGCCGGAGCAGUUUCGGAUUCUUAGGGAUAAAGGAACUGAGCCACGUGGCACUGGCGAGUAUGAUAAAUUCUUUGAGGAAGGUACCUAUCAAUGCGCUGGCUGCAACACACCUCUCUAUAAAUCAACCACAAAGUUCAAUUCUGGAUGCGGCUGGCCAGCUUUCUUUGAAGGCCUACCUGGAGCAAUAACUCGCUCGCCUGAUCCUGAUGGAAGAAGAACAGAGAUAACCUGUAGUGCUUGUGGAGGGCAUCUUGGUCAUGUCUUCAAAGGAGAGGGAUUCAACACACCAACAGAUGAGCGUCACUGUGUUAACAGCAUUUCAGUCAAGUUUGUUCCGUAGUCUACUACUCUUUGAGCAUUAAAUUGUUGGUUUUGUCCUAAAGAGAAAUUAUUCUGUGCGGACACCGAACAGUCCAGAGACGAAUCAGAACGUGUCAAGUCAUCCGAUACACAGCAAACGGAUGAUGUGACGUGUUCUGAUUCGUCUCUGGACAGUAUCCAUACCCUCAUAGAAUAAUUUCACUGUCCUAAAAGUCCUUUAGCAGUUUGUCUUGAACUAGAUUUCCGUUUAUGAAUUGUAUUCUUACUAUAUAUUUUCACGUUUAUUUGUGUUGUGGGUAAUUUUAAACUUUUUUCCUUAUUUC